AUGGAGCGGCGGCAGUGGAGCCUCUCCGACUUCGACAUCGGCAAGUUCAUCGGCGAGGGCAAGUUCGGCAAGGUCUAUCUCGGCCGCGAGAGGCAGGUAGGCCCUCCAAACCCUAUCCCCCAAACCUUCGAGCUUCAGUCCCCCCACCCCCAAAAAUUUUCAACUCCGAUGAGGCUGACUCGCCGGAGAAUCUUGGCGAUCCAGAGCGGCUACGUGGUGGCGCUCAAGGUGAUAUACAAGACGAAGCUGGAGAAGUACCGGUUCCACGGGCACCUGCGGCGGGAGAUCGAGAUCCAGCACGGCCUCGACCACCCCAACGUGCUCCGCCUCUUCGCCUGGUUCCACGACGCCGAGCGGGUCGUCCUCGUCCUCGAGUACGCCGCCCGCGGGGAGCUCUACAAGCUCCUCCGCAGCGUCGGCCACUUCUCCGAGCGGACCGCCGCCACCUAUGUAGCAAGCCUUGCUGGUGCACUGGCAUACUGUCACAAGAAGCAGGGCCGGCUUAAAAUUGCAGAUUUUGGAUGGGCGGUUCGAUCAAAUGCUAAACGUCACACACUCUGUGGCACAAUAGAUUACCUGGCACCGGAGAUGGUAGAGAAAAAGGCUCACGAUUACGCCGUUGACAACUGGACUUUAGGGAUCCUGUGCUACGAGUUUUUGUAUGGAUCACCACCCUUUGAAGCUGCAGAGCAGCAAGAUACCCUGAUGAGGAUAGUCAAAGUGGACUUGCUGUUCCCUAAAACUCGUGACAUAUCUGCAGAUGCCAAGGAUCUCAUUUGCAAGCUGCUAGUGAAGGAUUCGAGCAAGAGGAUUUCUCUUGACGAUAUUCUGAAGCACCCAUGGAUUGUAAAGAAUGCAGAACCUUCAGGGAGUUGCAUUGAGCAGAAAGCUAGUGCCUAA